GGCGGCCGUCAGUCGACCCGCACCCGCCGUGGAAGCCGCACGCGCCCGCUCGCGGACUAUCGACGCAUCGAUAGCAUAGCGCAGCUCGCGAUCAAUUUGAUAAAAAACCAGUGUUGUGUUAUUUUUUUGGCGAAAUAAGGAUUUUGUUUAAAAAAUAGUGGUGUGACGACUUGGACGAGACCAGGUUUUUUUAUCAGUUAAGACCAGUAAUGUCCAUCUAACUUCAACGAUGGCGAGUGCAGGCGCAGUCCUUCUGGAGGCGCGGCCCUUCAGGCCCUUCAAGUCCUCCGAGGAGUACCUCUAUGCCAUGAAGGAGGAUCUCGCGGAGUGGCUGACCGUCCUCUACCCAGAGCUUCGAAUCAACGCGGAUAACUUCUUGGACAGACUCGAUACCGGCGUCGCUUUGUGCAGGCACGCGAACGCAGUCCGUGACUCAGCCCGUCUAAUCCUGGAGUCGCCGCAGCCCGAGUCUGACGACGCCCUCACCCUGGCUCGCGCUCUCCGCACCCGACCCCCUGUCAACAUGCUCCCCGCAGCCAAGGCUGGCACAUUCUUUGCAAGAGACAACCUCUCCAACUUCAUCGACUGGUGCCGCAAAGCUCUCGGCAUCCUCGAAUGUCUGCUAUUCGAAACUGAUGACCUUUGCCUCAGAAAGAAUGAAAAGCAUGUCGUGCUAUGCCUUCUAGAAGUAGCUAGAAAAGGAUCGGUGCUUGGUAUGCCAGCACCUCUGCUUGUUCAGAUGGAGAAGCAGAUAGAGAGAGAGUUGGCAGGAGAAGAGUUGAGGCCUGAUGACUCGGCGCUAGGUCUGGUGCCUUCUGGUCCUCAGCCUCAGCUGGUGACGAAUGACUUGAGGAGUUUGGACGAGAGGGUGAGGGACCUGGUGGAGAGGUGCUCCUGUCCUACUCAGUUCCCGAUGGUGAGAGUGUCCGAGGGGAAAUACAGGAUCGGUGACACCAGGAUGCUUAUUUUCGUGAGGAUUCUUCGCUCGCACGUGAUGGUUCGUGUUGGUGGUGGCUGGGACACUCUGGCCCACUACCUGGACAAGCACGACCCGUGCCGCUGCCGCGCUCAGCACCGCACCUCCCUCUCCGCCCGCCUGGCGCGCCCCAAGCACGACCUCGCCGGCGCCACCGUCACAUACGAGAGACCAGACCCUGGCCCGACCUCCCUGCCCUACACGAAAACCGAACCAAAGACCUACGAGCCAAUGUCUCUGCAAUACAACUCUAAAGUCUAUAACGAUGAACCCAAAUCUGGGCAUUACCAGUCGAACCACAGGCUCAGUGAAGCUCCCACCAGUCUACCUUAUCUCGGAGACUUGGACCGGGCUGUGUCUCCCGGUAGGAGGCACCUUGCACCUCGAGCAAACAGCCCUAACAGGAAGUCAGCUUCUCCAGAUCGCAGGACUAAAAUCGUGGUGACAAACCAUUUAGUUCCAACUCCUCAUGGAAUUAGGAAUAAAAGUCCUAGACCAGUGUCUCCUGCUCCUGCUGCUGAGAGCGCGUCAGACAAUGGCUCGGAGGUCUCUGAUGAGGGGUACAGGAGUCUGGGAGUGGUGGCGGGGUCUACACAGGGGUCUCCAUCGACGAAAACGACCAACAGAUACUCGUUACACAGUCAGAAUUCGAUUGAAGACGCAGAAUUUAAUGAGCGUCUCGACCAAGACGACGGUUGUCACAUGGACAAGCAAGAACGAGUUGACGACCACGUGAGCCUCAAUACGGGACUCAGGAAGACUGACUUCUCUGACACCUUCUACGGAGGCAGGAAACCGAGCUCCAUCGAAGAUAAGUCCAUUAGAGGCAGCCCCGACCGAGUCAUCGUCACCGAGAACAACAACUCGCCCAGCAAGAGCCUCAAACCCACCCGCGGAGCUUCCGAGUCUCCUACCAAGACUAUAAGAAGCCGCCAGGCCAGUCGCAUACCUCACUCCCCCGUGAGGAACCGCACUCCAAGCCGUGGCAACACCCCCAGCCCGAAGCACACCGCUACUCCAGUACAAACAUCACCAAAACUGACCCCAAAGCUGCCGCCGACUGCCAGGAACACUUGGAGUGGUAGGACAGCUCCCACACAAACAAAAACCAAAUCCAGACCCACUAUUGGAGCUGAUACGUUCGAUAACCCGAAUAAGUCUCCCAAAAUGAGGCCGAAAACCCCUCAAACUGAAGCCUUUAAGAGGAAUUCUCCCCUCAGAGCUAGCAGCGCCACUCUUAGGUCCCCACCGAGCAAUAAGCCUUUGAGUCCUCUUCUAGAACAAAUUUUAAGAUCAACAGAAACAGCCAAAGAUGAUGCUUCAGUCUUAGAAAAGAUGAAGGAAAUUAUUAGGACUUACUCGAAAGGAGACGAUUCUCUAUCAAGGACUAGUUCUAAAGAUUCAGACUACGCUGAUUUCACUUCAGCUUGGGUCAUGUCCGAUGGGAAGCUAGAAAGGUCCACCAGCACCAGGCAGUUGGCGGCUCCGAGGAAAGACCAGAGGAACGGACCCUCGAGGAUACCAGCUCCAGUCGCCCUUGGCUGCAGGAGAUCCACAUCCACGUCACAGUUCCAAUGACAGGAAUCUGAAGGUAGCGUGGACACUGCCGAUUAACCCAGUGACAGUUGAACUAUUUAUAUUAGUGUUAUAAAUGUGAGGACAGCUCAAAUUAAAGUGGUUAUUCAGUGAUGGAUUGCAGCCUAAUGGCGGUGUGUGAUAAUGACGGAAAAUUGUAUUGACUUUAUAUCGCAUAUCCUUGUGUUAGUGGUCGCUUAUGAUUUUCUAUGGAUUAGGAAACUAGCCAGUCUUUUUGUAUUGCGCAUUUUGCUAAAACCAAUGGAUUGUAGUAUGAAACAAGUCUGGUAUUUUGGAGAUCAGAAAUUGUUCAACAUUGUCACCCUCCAUGGUAUUUGCUUGAGACUGGUUCUACACGGCUUUGACCCUACUACGAAUAGUAGUAGACCUUUGGAACACCUCUAAACUAUGGCUAAAGCAGCUAGUGGUGUUCCCCACCCAACGACGAUUUUAGAUGUUAUCGAUACAUAAGUACUAAUUUAUCGAUUAGAGAAUUUGUACUAACAAUUAACAAGUUUUUUUGUGGUCAUAUAAUGAACAUCGACCGUUAAUAUAUUUUUCAACUAUUUGCUUAAAAACCGACUUUUAUUAAAUUUGAUGCUGUUACAAUCAUGCUGGCAGUAAGUUUAUAUUUGCUAAGUUUAUUUCUCAAGAAAAUAAAGUUGAAAAUAUUGAAAUUAUUGCUUAAACGCAGCCUAAGUGUUUCACCGAUAGGUUAUAGGUUAGUAAAUGAGUAGAACAGCACUAUUCUGAUAAAAGUCGGUUAAACAUGGUGCUAAGCAAUCUUUUGUUAAUAAUUUAAUUGUUUUGUCGAAACACGAUCACAAACAGUUUACAACUCUUAGCUGUAAGUUUGUAAAAGUUAGCCUCUAAUAUAAUUUAGCCUCACUAGCUAAUGUCAUUGCCAAAUCGAUCCUUUGCAAAUCGAUCGAUUUGACAAAAAUAUUAGUUACUACAAGGGAGCGUUAAUUAUCAAAUUGCAUUAAAGUUAAUUUAAAUUAAAAAUAUUUUUAUUCAGCGAAAAUAGAACGCAUUUCAUUAUAUUAAAUUCAAGGACAAAUGCGUUUUAUUACAAUUUAAGUUAACUUUGGUGCAAUAUUAUUUGUUCUUAAAGACUUUAUUCCCAAUGUCUAAUUAUUACUAUUCGAAAUAACGAUAUUACUGAUAGUAAUAAUUCUAAAGUACUACGGUACUUAUUUUACAAGAUGACAAGUUUAUUUUAAGUUAUAUUUAAGUUCUAGAUUUAUUUUCUUUUACUUCCCGGAAUUUACUAAUCAUUAUACGAAUAGACAAAUAAUAAAUUGACAUAAAAUUUUGCAUUUAACAUUUAUCAUUCCAAGUUUGGAUAAGCCGGGAUCUUUGGCAAUUUUUGUUUAAAAGUAAUCUCAUUUAUGUAGGUUGUGAGGGCUAGAGCUUAUAGAUAACUGUAGCGUUUUUAAUAAAAAGAAAAUAGAUCAAAUACCUAGAUUUUUUUAAUAAACUUUGUAAACUCAUGUUCAAAUUAUGAAAAAAAAAAUCGACUAAAAACAUCCAUACUCAUACCUCAUGUAGAAUACUGAAAGAAAAAUAUUUUUGCACUCUUUAUGUAAUACAUAGAUGUCGGUAGCUGCCACAAGACCGUCCGAUUCAAAGAUGUAGAAAUAAAUGUAGAUUGGGGACAAAAAAUAUUUUUUUAGCCACUAUAAUGAGACAUUAUUAACUGACUAAAAAAGUCAAUAAAGUAUCAGCAAUAAUUAUGUGGCUAAAAAAAUAUUUUCAUUUAAAGUUACUUCUAUCAUUGUAAUGAAUAAUUUAAUGGUAAUUAAAUUAAUGAUUGAAGUAGAUGAUAAGUAAAAAUCUUGAUCUUUAAAUCUUCAGGUCUUUUCGAUGUCACAAAUUUUACUUCUAUGUAUCUUAGUGAAAUGUUAUAGUUCUUAUUGUAAUAGCCUUAAGGGCUAGUGUAAAAUUAGCCUUUUGUCGUCAAUACUUUCCUCCAUUUCAAUAUAUACAACUAUUUCUUUUUAAUGUCAAAAACCUACUCAAUUUAUAACGCUCAACCAUCUGUUUACUUGAAACAAUAAAUAAUUAAAAAGACAUUCGAGUUUUAUUUGUCUUUAAUUUACAAAAAAAGAGAUAUUUAUUACAAAAAAAAUGCUUUUUGUAAACAGAUGAAUAAUGGACACUUACAACUUUAUAAUUAUUGCUCUUAUACUAUUGGAAUAUUUACGAUUUAAGGAAAUAGAAUGUCCACAAAAUUACAAAAUUAGACCAUUAUUACACUGCCUAAAAACAAAAAAAAACUUGUCUAAAAUUAUUCUUUUUUUAUAUUUGAGUUUUCCAUUUUUAGUGCAGUGUGCUAGUGGGGGUUAGAGGCUAGGAAUUUAGUGAAUUUACAUUAUAUCUCUUUGACAUUAUGUUACCAGUGACUAUGCCAUAGAUAUCUGUUAUUAUUCACGGAAUAAACGAUACGUUUAUCUGAAAA